AUGUUAAACAUAUUUACAAAUAUUCUGGAAGCAAAAAAAGAGCUUCUAAUUUGUGUGUCCUUAUCGGUAUUAUACAUAACCUAUUAUCUAGUGGAAGUAGUCAAGAAACCGAUGCUGAUAUGCCGAAAAGGCGAAUUCCGCCAAUUACUAGAGGACCAUGUUCCUAUAUUGAAUGAAUACUAUUGGCCUACCAUAUGGUGUUUUGAAUCGCGGUUGCAGACAGUUCUUGGUUCAGUACUUCGAUCACUGUUCCUGCCUCCAUUACAAUUCAGACGUGAGGUGCUGCGGCUGUCGGACGGCGGGCAGGUGGCGCUGGACUGGCUGGUGGAGGAGGGCGAGGAGGAGGGCGGGCGGGAGGGCGAGGGCGAGCAGCGCGUCGUGGUGCUGGUGCUGCCGGGGCUGACGGGCGGCGCGCACGCGGACUACGUGCGCUGCCUGGCGGCGGCGGCGCGCGGGCUGGGCGCGCGCCUCGUGGUCUACAACAACCGCGGCCUGGGCGGCCUGCCGCUCACCACGCCGCGCCUCUACUCCGCCGUCAGCCACGAGGACGUCGCGGAGGCGGUGCAGGCGGUGGCGAAGCACGGACGCGUUCUGGCGGCUGGCGUGUCGCUGGGCGGGCUGCUGCUGGGUCGCUACCUGGCCGAGUACGGGGCCGCCGCACAAGUGCACGCCGCGCUCGUCGUGUCCUCGCCGCUCGACGUGCCGCGAGGGUCGCAGAGCAUCGAGCGGUGGGGGCUGAACGCGGCGCUGUCGUGGCACAUGGCGCGGCAGCUGCGCGGCACGGUGCGCGCGAGGUUGCCAGCUGCGGCGGAGCGCGUGCGCGGUUGCCGCUCGGUGCGCGCGUUCGACGCGGCGUUCACGGCGCCGCACUUCGGGUUCGCGUCGGCCGACGCGUACUACCGCGCCGCGUCGCUGCGGCCGCGCCUGCACGCCGUGGCGCGCCCGCUGCUCUGCCUCUGCGCCGCCGACGACCCCUUCCAGCCCCUCGAAGCGCUGCCGGUGGGCGAGGUGUUGUCGAGCGCGAGCGUGGCGCUGAGCGUGCCGGCGCGCGGCGGACACAUCGGCUUCCUGGAGGGGCUGUGGCCCGCGCGCGCCCCGCACGCGCAGUACCUGGCGCGCCUCGCGCUGCAGUACUUCGCCGCCACCGCGCGCCUGCCGCCGCACGCCCCGCCGCACGCCCCGCCGCCGCCCACAACAACGCCAUCACCACCACCCACAAUAACAUCACCACCACCCACAACAACAUCACCAUCACCACCACCGACAACAACACCACCAACACCCACAACAACACCACCAACACCCACAACAACACCACCAUCACCCACAACAACACCACCAUCACCCACAACAACACCACUAUCACCCACAACAAUACCACCAUCACCAUCACCGACAUUCACUUAA